UAUCACCAAUCCAGUAAUAGGUUGUUGUUGUUGAUAUGUUUCGGAUGUCCAAGCGCCGGCGGAGCAGCCACUGAUUACGCUUAGCUUGGCUCCCACGAUGAUUGUGCAUCAUUCUUGUGGUUCAUAGAGCGGAAUUACUUCAGUUCAGUUUGAACAGUCGUCGGUGUCAGGUCAACAAAAGUAUCUACGGUACAAACCUCACAAUCACUGUUCAAAUUCCAUUUUUUGAAACGAGAUAAGUCGUCGGUCUGCCGAAAUAUGUCAACGGCCAAAAUCCUAAACUUGCGUGCUGCAGUGAGUGCCUUACACAGAAGAUUGUACCACGUAUCUCCGAAAACUUUGCACUCGUCAUCUGGGAUCGAAGUUCAAUCAUUGACUGGCGGAGCUAAUCAAAGUUAUGCUCAUAAUGCAGAUGCGCAACCGUUGAUAUACAGAAAUAUUGGUCAACAUCUCCGGCUGGCGGUCGAGAAAUAUCCUAACAAUGAAGCUUUGGUAUCUUCUUACGAAGCCAAGCGAUUCUCAUUUUCCGAGGUCAUGGAAAAGGUUGAUCGCUUGGCCAGCAGUCUACACCUUCUGGGACUCGAAAAAGGCGACCGCGUUGGCAUUUGGGCGCCAAACUGUGCAGCCUAUUAUUUAACAUGCUUAGCUAUUGCACGCGCGGGAAUGAUAACGGUUGGAAUCAAUCCAGCUUUCGAAAUACCAGAGGUUGAAUAUGCGCUGAACAAAGUUCAGGUCAAGGCAUUGGUUACAGUAGAAAGCUACCGAACGCAAAAGUACUAUGAAAUGCUAUGUCAGCUGAUGCCUGAGCUCGCAGAUAGUUCACCUGGAAAGCUCAAGUCUUCAAAAAUACCUUCACUGAAACUGGUCAUAGUUGAUCGGGAAACCAAAAAGCUUCCAGGCACAAUAAGCCUGACGGACAUAUUGAAGAUCGCAUCUGAGGAAGAAAUAUCCAAGAUCGAAGCUCUUCAGCCCACCAUCUCUCCGGAUAGUGGCGCCUGCCUGUUGUUCACCUCUGGAACAACUGGGAAGCCCAAGGCAGCGCUUUUGUCCCAUUUUGGGCUGAUUAACAAUGGAUCUCACGCGGCUGUUCGAUUGGAGCUGGAUCGGAAACAGAGUCGCAUCUGUGUCCAAGUGCCUCUAUUCCAUGUGUUUGGAAUAUCGCUUGGUUUAAUGGCAUCUUUGGGCUACGGUAGCACCUUGGUAUUCCCAUCAGCUGGGUUCCAGGCUAGUGCAUCUUUGAAGGCCAUAAUUGAAGAGAAAUGUACCUUAAUCUACGGAACUCCAACUAUGUUCGUAGAUUUACUGAACGAACUUCCCAAAGAGAAACGUCAACUUCCAGCAAUGGAUUAUGCCCUGAUUGGGGCCUCGACUUGCUCUCCGAAUCUGGUUUGGGAAGUGAAAGAAGGUUUGGGAGUUCGGGAAGUACUGGCUGGAUAUGGUAUGACGGAAGCUUCGGGUGCAAUGUUCACUUCUUAUCUGGGUGACAAAACGGAGGUGGCGGUGUCAACGCUCGGAAAACUGAUGGAGCAUGUGGAGGCGAAGGUUGUCGAUCACGAAGGUAAUACAGUGCCAUCUGGGACGCCUGGUGAGUUGUUGCUGCGUGGCUAUGGUACGAUGUUAGGAUAUUGGGAAGAAGAAGACAAAACAAAAGAAAUAAUCUCAGCGGAUCGAUGGCUGAAAACAGGGGACCAGUUCGUAUUGGGUCAAGAUGGCUAUGGUUCGAUGGUUGGCCGUAUCAAGGAUCUCAUUAUCAGAGGAGGGGAGAAUGUGUAUCCGAAGGAGAUCGAAGACGUUCUAAAUACUCAUCCAAAUCUAUUGGAAACUUAUUGCAUUGGAGUCCCAGAUGAGCGCUUAGGGGAGGAGAUUUGCGCGUACGUGAGAGUGAAGGACACGGUUCCCGAAGGAACAAUCAAUCUAGGUGAAAUUAAACAGUUUUGUCAAGGAAAGCUGUCCAACUUCAAGAUUCCACGGCAUUUGAGGAUAAUCGAAAAUUUCCCAAAGACGUCAUCUGGUAAAAUUCAAAAAUUCAAGCUUUUGGAAAUGUUUAAGAAUGAGAAUAAAGUGUAAGCUGUAA